AUGGCUGCAAAAUACCAGGACACAGCACUUGAGCCAAAGUAUGGCGGCAAUGUCAUUGAGAUCGAUGGAAAGAUCGUUCUUGCAACUGAUGACAAAAUGACCGAAGAGAUUGACGACCUGGUUGAACAGUUGGAGAAGAAUAACCCAGAAGAAUCCUACCCAGCAGGCGAGGGUUAUAUAUCUAGAUUUAGUUAUUACACUUUAGGUAUUAAUUAG